CAGCGUGGCGGCUCGUCCUAUUAUUUCCUUCACAUCUUUGAUCCAUUCCCCGCUCUCUCUCUCUCCUCCAGCAUUGAGAUCGGCUCGCAACUCCAUCAGGUGGCUCAGAUCAGAUGAGAUCCGGCGCCUAAGCUUAUCCUUUUUCCCGCCUCUUUCUAUUUUUCUUCUCCUUGUUCAAUUCUCUCAUUUUCUUCCUCUUUCUUCCUCCCUUAUCAUGGAGGAAGCAGCCUAGGUAGUAGCUGCGAGUCUGAUGAUUUUUGAAGAUUUAUCUGACUCCAUGAGAGGCUCCUUGCCAUGAGAAGAGAUAAAUAAAUCAAUGUUCUACUGGAAGGUUCGGUUUGUAAUGUUGCUGCUUUUUUGAGUAGCAGAGGAGGACCAUUUGCUGGAGACAAAAGCUUAUGGAAUGGAAUGGUAGUACAACUUUCAGAAGCCUGAAAGAUAUAGAGCCAAAAUCUGUAAAGGAUAUGUCAAUUAUUGCAAACAUAGAUCAAGUUAAUGUGGCGUUGAGUUCUCCUGAGAAUGGAAAUGACCUUUCAUUGCCAAAAUCUCGUAAGAAGACUAUGACAUCAGUAUACCUCAAAUAUUUUGAAACUGCUCCAGAUGGGAAAGGUCGUAGGUGCAAGUUCUGUGGACAGACGUAUUCCAUUGCAACCGCGACUGGGAAUUUGGGAAGGCAUCUUGGUAGUCGACAUCCAGGUUACGAUAAAUCUGGCGAACCUAUCCCAAGUACUGCUCCACAGUCCAAUCUUACUGUUGUAAAAAAACAUCAAUUGGAAGUCAAAACACCAAAGUUUAAUCUUGAUCACUUGAAUUGGCUGCUUACUAAGUGGCUAACUUCGUCGUCUUUACCUCCGUCGACCUUAGAGGAGACCUGGCUGCUGAACUCCUUCAAAUUUGUCAACCCUUCCAUUCAGAUAUGGUCUAAAGAGAAGAUCCAGGGUGUUUUAUGUGAAGUUUUCAGGAGUAUGCAGGAAGAUGUACAGACAGUUUUGCAACAGGCGUCCUCUAAGGUUGCAAUUGCUCUUGAAUUCUGGACUUCUUAUGAACAAAUUUAUUACAUGAGUGCUACAUGCCAUUGGAUUGAUGAGAGCUGGACUUUCCAAAAGGUCCUUCUUGAUGUUUGUCGCAUACCUUAUCCAUGCGGUGGUGCUGAGAUUUAUCACGCUUUGCUUAAGAUCCUCAAGAUGUAUAAUAUUGCUGAGAAGAUCCUUGCUUGCACUCAUGAUAAUAGCCAGAGUGCAAUGCAUGCUUGCCACAAACUAAAAGAAGAUAUGGAUGGUCAUAAGGUGGGACCUUUCUGUUAUAUCCCCUGUGCAGCUCAGACACUGAACUUGGUGAUAGAAGAUGGUUUAAGAACCACAAAACAAAUAAUCUCUAAGGUCAGGGAGUUUGUCAUUGAGAUGAAUGCUUCCCCUGCGAUAAUGGAUGACUUUAUGCAAUCAACAACAGCUUAUCAAGAAGGCAUCUGGACAUUCCCCCUUGACACUUCAGCUCGUUGGAAUGGACAUUACCAGAUGAUGGAUAUCGUCCGCAAGGCCAGCAAGUCCAUGGAUGGUGUCAUAAGGAAGCAUGAGAACUCACUAAGCACCAGAAUGCUGCUGAAUGCUGGCGAAAGAAAUGUAGUUACCAUAUUGCAUGAAUACCUAGAACCCUUCUACAAGACCACAAACGACAUAUGUUUAAAUAAGGCUCCCACCAUAGGCCUGGUGUUGUUUUUCAUGGAUCACAUUUCUGAAAUGAUUGCAGCAUGCAAAGAUUCUUGCCUCUACCCUGAUUGGCUAAAGAAUGCUGCUGAGGAAAUGGCCCUAAAAUCCUGCAGUUACAAUGACCAAGUUUCAAAUAUAUUUACCUACAUGACAGCAAUUCUUGAUCCUCGGAUCAAAGUUGAACUCCUCCCAGAGACUCUUAACUCAGAAAACAAUUUGGAUGAGGCUAGAAGCCAUUUCCUUGGAAAUUAUUCAACCAGUCCUUUUUCAGUGAACAACAUAUAUGGUGCUUCAGAGAAAGAAGGUGGUAGUGUAUCUUUUGCAGAGGAAAUUGCUCGAAAAAAACGGAGGGUGAGCAUGAGUGUUGCAACUGAUGAGCUGACCCAGUAUCUGUCGGAGCCUCCAGCUCCUAUACAAACAGAUGUCAUGGAGUGGUGGAAAGUGAAUAGUGCACGUUAUCCACGGCUGUCUCUGAUGGCUCGGGACUUUUUAUCAGUGCAGGCAACUUCUGUGGCAUCUGAAGAAUUGUUCUCUAGAAAAGGGGAUGAGCUGGACAGACAACGGUUUGGUUUGUCAACUUCAACUGCACAGGCUCUACUUUGUGUUAAGUCAUGGUCCAAUGCAGGGAUCAAGUUGAAAUUGAGGUCAACUGAAAUUGACUGUGAUAGGCUAAUGGAAUUGGUUGCGGAAACUGCUUCCGGUAAUAGCAAAAUAGGUUCUGACAAGAAACAAAAAUAACAGAACAUCUGACUGUAAAUUAUGAGCUGGUAAGUUACUUUAGAGAAGAGGUAACUGUAACACAGCUAUACUGAUUCACAUUUCACAAGUGGGUCAUACACUGUAAAGUGAUAAAAGAAACAGCCCAAGCAGCUGACUCUGUUGUAAGAGGAAUAUGUUGUAUACUUCGUUCAUGUAAAUAUCAGAAAUGGUAUUGUUAAAGGAUUUGAGUCGUCAUUUGUGAUAGAAACUAUUCAUCUAUUUGAGAAUUUGAGAUUCUUUUAUUGAGUAUUGUUAAUAGAA